AUGGCACUAACACGUGGAGCACGUAAAUUCGAAACAGUUGCUGCAUCAUCAUUAGCAAUUGACAAUCAACUAUUAGCUAAUAUAGAUGAAUCAAUAAAUUUUAAUGAUGAUGAAAGUCAAACAGAAGAUGAUCAAGAUUCAAAUCGACCGACAUUUGAUCCAUUUGCAACAAAACAAUUUCAAUCAAAAAGACGACGUGGAUUUUCAUUUUCAAAAUUUCAUUCACGAAUUAAACAAGAAGCUGAGAUAGAUGAAUCAAUUGGAGAUUAUCUUAAAGCUUGA